CCGGACAGCUGCUAUCAUUUCAUUCCGCUAGUUGAUUUUACUAUUAGUGUUUCUAUACUUCUAUCAACAUCAAGACAACCUUUCGCAUCCUCCACAAUUUGAACAUCGACUAUGCCGCCUGCGAAAAAGCGAAAGACUGCUAAAGGUGCAAAAGCCACAAAGGCCACCGCUCACGUGGAAGAUGCAUCUGCAUCGGCAGCAGCAACAGAAGAGAUAGUCGAGCAGACCCCUUCGGUCAACGACGAGAUGUCCCAAGAACAACAACCCGCAGAAAAACCAAGCGAAGCCAUGCCGGCUGAGGAACCUACACCCACCGAAACUGCAACAGAGACGGAGGAGAAAGCAGCCAGCUCCGCUUCCGACGCCGCGGACAAAGCCAAAGACCGGAUGGCACGCUUCCGCGCUCUGCAGGCCCGAGCCAAGUCUUCGUCGGACCAGAACCUCGCGGAGGCGACGAAGGAGUCGCAGCGGCUGGCGACGGAUCCGUCGGCGCUGGUGGCGCUGAACCGGCGGCGCGACAUCGCGUCGCACAAGCUGCUGAAGGCGGAGACGGAGGAGGCGGGCGACGACUUCGAGCGCAAGCGGGCCUGGGACUGGACGGCGGAGGAGAGCGAGCGCUGGGACCGGCGGGUGAAGAAGAAGGCGGCGCACCGCGACAACAACGCGUUCCAGGACUACCGGCAGGAGAGCAACAAGGUGUACAAGCGGCAGGUGCGCGACCUGCUGGCGGCGCCGAACCUGGAGCGGUACGAGCGGGACAAGAUGGCGGCGAUCGAGCGGGCGGCGGCGUCGGGCGGCCUCGACAUCGUCGAGACGGAGGACGGCGAGCUCAUCGCCGUCGACAGGGACGGCAGCUUCUACUCGACGGCGGACUCGACGGCGUUCGCGGAGAACAGGCCCGACAAGGCGGCCGUCGACAGGCUCGUCGGCGACCUGCAGAAGGCGGAGGAGCAGCGCCUGCGCAAGAGGCGCGAGCGCAUGGCGCAGAACGGCGACGAGGGCGACGUCACGUACAUCAACGAGAAGAAUAAGCAGUUCAACCAGAAGCUGUCGAGGUUCUACAACAAGUACACGGCGGAGAUCAGGGACAGUUUCGAACGCGGAACUAUGAUCUGAGGAGCAGGAGUAGGAAUAGGAGUAGGACUAGGACUAGGAAUAGGACUAGGACUAGGAGGAGGGCAUAUCGUAGUAUUGAGAGGAGGUCAUUAACAGAGUUCCAUUGCUCAUGGUUCAUG